AUGAAAAUACUAUUCACCUUUAUCAUACCUGCCUUCGUAGCAGCCUUUGGGCUUUUAAGCUUGGCGAAGCCACUGGAAGAGCGGCAGUCCUCUGGGAAGCCUUUCAAUCUGUAUGCGUACGGUGAAGGAAUUCCCGGGCUCCAGGUCUUCUACGCAGAUGGUCAAGCUCAAAUUGGAGACAUGUCGCUGUCCAAUGCAUCCAACAAAGUCCCUAUGUAUGUGACUUACUCAGACAACGAUAGCUUGACUUGGAUGGCCCACGCGAACACCACGCAGUCCUCCCGCCUUGCUUUCAAGGCAACUGGCACCACCUCCACCACCAACCUGCUAUGCCUGAAGCAGGGCAACUCGAUGACCAAUCCAGUCAUAUUCACUGGCAUAAAUACGGGCACUAGCACGACUGAAGAAGGUGGAAUAAUCACAGAAACCUGGUCACUGUAUGGUUCAAAUGUGUUGCUAACCCAACCCAACGGAAAUUUCUAUGCCAAGUCGACCGGUAAGAAUGGGUGGUGGCAGCUCGUAUGGAGUACGUCGCAGUCGGCAGGUUUGGAGGCUAUUCCGAUCGCCUUGAGAACCAAUCCACCGGUUUAA